AUGGACAAGCCAAUUACAGUACUGCAAAAACUUGUCUUAGUUUCAUUUACACGAAAUCGCCACUUCUCACCUACUAAAGAAGGCAGUUCUCUCUUUGAACUCGGCGAUGGGAGCGAUCGAAAGGAGCUGUAUUCAAGGCCGGUGAAACCUUUACACAUAGCGCUAUCCUAUCGCAGCAAAAUGGGAAGAAGUCACGAAUUUCCAAAAUCCAGACUCAAUCUCAUUGAAUUGUAUGAACAAGCCAAGCAUCUUCCAUCCAACCCGAAAGACAAUGACUUGAAAUUUGAUGGGAAAGUAGUAGUGGCAUAUGCUUUGAUGUUUG